AUGUAUUAUUAUUCAUCUUCAAAUGAAAUCCAUUUGCCAUUGUUGAUCAAGAAUACAUUAGCAGAGCAUUCCUUACCUUGGAAUAAUCUCGACCAACUAUCCUCUUUAUGGGCCAUUUUCACAAAAUGCAAGUCGAAUAUCCAAGAUGGAUUUCGUUUGGAGAACCUGUCUUGGAGGCUGUGGUAUAGACAUUCCGUUUUACAAAAGAAGCAAAAACCAAAUACUGUAGCAGACAUUGAUAUGACUGUAAAGCAACAUACCCUCAAGCGAAGUCGCUCUUUACCUAAUCUGAAUGAACCCAAGUUGAAGUCGAAUAGACGUAAAUUCUAUAUUGAUGAUCACUCACAGCGUCAGCCUCAACCUCAACCUCAACAACAAGAGAUAAUUAAAAAGAAGCCGCUUAUCCGUCGCUCAUCCACAUUACCAAAGCCCGUAUCUCUACUAUCUGAAAUGUUUUCAAGGGCAAAUGCUUCGUCAACUACCGAUCAAACUAAAAGCUCCGGUCUUCGCCGAUGCCAGUCUCGCUAUUGUAGAUUAGAUCAAUUCUUCUUAAAUGCUGCUUAA